AUGAAGAAGCCAGCCCAAGAAGUGCUCAAUGGCACGCCGCACACUGCGCCUAGCUCGGACGCUGAUGCCGGCGGCGUCAAGCUAGAGGGCCCAAUCGAAUCGAUUGACACGGCGCUUGGUCAAAUACUCGAGGUGGAGUCGUCGCCGGAACUGGAGAAGAAGGUGCUGUUGAAGAUCGACUUAGUUUUGAUGCCCAUGAUGUGUUUCGCAUACUUCCUCCAGUUUCUGGACAAGAUGGUCCUUAGCCAGACGACGUUAUUCGGCCUCAGGGAAGACCUGCAUCUGGUCGGCGAUGAGUACGCGUGGUCAUCAGCCAUAUUCUAUUUCGGUUAUCUCGCCUGGAGCUGGCCCAAUUCGUACCUUCUCGCCCGGCUCCCAAUUGGCAAGUAUCUGGGAACCACAGUUUUCCUCUGGGGAGGCAUUCUCAUGUGUCAUGCAGCCAGCAAGGACUUUGCUACGCUCGCGACGGCCCGCUUCUUCCUGGGGGUGGCAGAAGCUGCAGUCGUGCCAGGAUUCUCGCUUAUUACGGGCUUAUUCUACAAGAAAGAAGAACAACCGAUACGCCAGGCCGGGUGGUACUUCGGGAAUACAAUAGCUGCUCUUGUCGGGUCCUUAAUCACUUACGGCAUCGGCCACAUUACCAGCACAGGCCUUCCCGAGUGGCAGCUGAUGUUUCUUAUUCUUGGGGCUGUUACUGCGGGAUUUGGCCUGGUCCUGAUCCCAGUCCUGCCCGACUCGCCAGCCACGGCGGUUUUCCUGACGAAAACGGAACGGGCCAUCGCCAUCCAGCGUACGCUGGAGAACAAGACCGGUGUCUUGGACACAGGCACCUUUAACGUGAAGCAUGCCAUCGAGGCACUCAAGGAUCCCCAGGCCUGGUUGCUCGUUCUAUACACUUUCUGCGUGAAUCUUUGGAAUGGUGGUCUUACAACAGUCAGUCUUCGUGCCUGGUCCACAAAACACUGUCACUUGCUAAACCUUUCGGACCAGUUCCUCGCACUUCUCCUCAAGGGAUUUGGCUUCAGCACCUUCCAGAGCCUUCUCUGGCAAGCUCCACUCGGCGCCGCGGAGAUCCUCUACCUUGUGUUCACGGCGGUAUUCGCCACCCACGUCCGCUCGAAGCGCAUCUUCGCGGGCUCGUCACGUAUCUUCAUGAUGGUCUUCAGCACCGCGGCCUCGCUACUCGGUGUUCUCCUUGUCUGGAAGCUCGACGAUUCCAACAAAGCGGGGAGACUGCUGGGUAUCUACAUUAGUGUUGGCUAUGCGAUCAACAUCCCCCUCUGUAUGAGCCUCGUUACAUCGAACGUGGCCGGCUUCUCGAAGCGCAGUGUCGUUUCCGCUAUGGUGUUCAUAGCUUACUGCCUUGGGAAUAUUGUCGGGCCUCAGUUCUAUAACGCCUCAGAGGCCCCAUCCUAUCCAAAUGGUAUCAAAUCUGCUGUUUCUGGUUUGUGCUUUGCGACCUUCUUCCUCCUCUGCCUGUGGGCAUAUUACAUCUAUGAGAACGCUCGCAGGGAUAGAGUGUAUGGUCGAGUAACAGAGAUAACGGAGUCAGAGGAGAUGCGAGAUGAACUAUCCAAUCGGACUGACCGUGAGAUUCCCAGUUUCCGAUAUGUGUGUUAA